CUUAUCGCAAGCGAAAGCGAAGUACCUGUGAGGAAAGUGGCCGGCUGAUCAGAAGUUUUGUUUUUAUUUUAAAACUAAAACUUGACAUAAUCGUGUCGUAAGGUAACAUGGCUGAAGCCAGGGCGGCUGUUACAAGGCCAGAUGUCCAUCUACACGCCGAAGGGACAAGCAAAUCAGAAGCCGAAGUUGAACUGCUGAAAAGUACUUUCCUGUCUCUCAAGAGAUGUGCCUUCAGAACUCGUCGCCAGAUAGCAAAUGGAUUAUGGCCAACAACCUGGUCCAACUUACUUGGUGCUGUUGUGGUCAUUGCUGCCCUACUUUAUGCCACUGAUUUCUACAAGCUGUCAUCUCUCCAACCAUUUACAGCAGUCAUUUGGAAAGUGACUUAUCUACUUAAUCUGGAUGAGAAAUAUCCAUACAACCUCAGGCUUUUGUUCAUUUCAGUACUGGCUGGAGUGGUUUUUUUUAUUAUCCUUCUCUAUAUACGACAGUAUAUGUUGAGGAUGCUUUUGGCUUAAAGAGGAUGGAUGUAUGAGAACCCAAGAUCACAGAGCAAGCUGACUCUAUUGUGGGGUGCAAUGGUAAAGCUUUGUGCUGGUCAUUAUCCAAAGCUGUACAGUUAUCAAAACAGCCUUCCAAGAAUGCCUGUACCAAAUCUGAAUGAAACUUGUAAAGGGUUGUUGCGUUCUGUGAAGCCAAUCUUAAGUGAGGAAGAGUACAAAAAGAUGGAAACUCUUGCUAAGGAUUUUGAAAAGAACCUUGGUCCCAAGCUCCAGUUUAUUUUAAAGUUGAAAUCAUGGUGGGCACCAAAUUAUCACACAGAUUGGUGGGAAAAAUAUGUGUACUGCAUGGGCCGUUCUCCUUUGCCUAUCAACAGUAACUACUAUUGUUUAGAUCAGCACUGGCACCCAACGUAUGUUCAAGCAUCAAGAGCUGCAACCAUGAGCUACCUCAUUCUGAAGUAUUAUCAGGAGAUUGAAACUGAGCAUCUUGAACCUCUGUUGAUCAGAAAAACCAUUCCUAUCUGUAUGUCACAGUAUGAGAGAACAUUCAAGACAACGAGAAUUCCAAAAGAGGAUGUGGAUGAAAUUGUUCAUUUUGAACAUGAUGAACAUGAGCACAUAGCUGUCUUUUGUGGCGGGAAUUGCUACAUGUUGCCUGUUACUGACAAAGGUAAAUUCAUUUCGGUGCUGGAUUUGGAAAGCCAGUUUGAGUGGAUUGUUGCUGAUGCUAAACAUUCUGAUGUUACCAAAGACCAGCCUGAUGGUAGUGUACCAGCACUGACAGCUCUGCCAAGAACAGAGUGGGCCAAAAUCAGAAAAGAAUACUUUUCUGAGAGUCUAAAUCGAUCAACCCUGGAGGCUAUAGAAGAGGCUAUGUUUGUGGUAAUUCUGGAUGAGAAUUCCUUCACUGAUUUGAGUGAACGCGCUAAGUAUCUACUGCAUGGUGAUGGGCGAAGCUUUUGGUUUGAUAAAAGUUUCUGUCUGAUGGUGUUUUCAGAUGGUAGAUGUGGAAUCAAUGCUGAACAUGCCUGGGCUGAUGCACCUGUCAUUGGGCACAUGUUGGAGUAUGCCCUUACCUUUGAGUACAUUUAUAGAACAUACAAUGACAAGGGUAAAUGCACUCCUAUUGGUGGUGCUCACAGAAGUGCUAGCCUGAGGACACACAACCUUCAAAAGCCUUCCAGGUUAUACUGGGAUAUAACUCCUAAACUUGCACACAUCAUUGAAGAUGCUGUCAAGUUUGCACAAAAGAAUAAUGAAGACAUUCAGCAUAAAGUCAUAGUUCAUGAUGCAUUUGGAAAAGGCUUCAUCAAGAGUGUAAAGAUAAGUCCUGAUGCAUUUAUCCAGUUGGCUUUACAACUUGCCUAUUACAGAGAUUCAAAUGGAAGACAUCCACUCACAUACGAGUCCUCCAUGACACGCCUCUACCUCCAAGGAAGGACAGAAACUGUGCGCAGUUUAACAAUUGAAGCUAAAGAUUUUGUUCUUGCCAUGUUAGAUGACACAGUCCCUCCUGAAGAAAAAUAUAAAUUACUUCACAAAGCUGCAGAUCUUCAUGCCAAGCAGUAUAAGGACUGUAUGAAUGGAAAAGGCAUUGAUAGACAUCUUUUUGCACUCUUUGUUGUGUGCAGAGGUCAAGGCUAUGAGAGUGAGUUCUUGAAGAGUGCAUUAACCCUUCCAUGGACACUGUCUACCAGCCAGCAGCCUCAACAACAAAUGGCGGGUACCCACUUUAGUGUCACAGAGCCAGAACUUACACAUUUGAUUUCCCCAGGAGGUGGUUUUGGUCCAGUUGCUGAUGAUGGUUAUGGUGUUUCCUACAUGGUUCCUGAUGAUCACAGGAUUUUCUUUCACAUUUCCUCUAAGAUAUCCUCUAAAGAGUCAAACUCAGACCGAUUUGUCAAACUUUUGUUUGAAAGCCUGUCAGACAUAAAAACACUUCAUGAUACUGUCAGAGCUAAAAAGGCUAAAUAACCAAUCAAGCCUUGAUAUUUUAACUAAGACUAAAAGUAGAGCUGCUAUUGGCAUGGUCAGAAAUUAGCAGAACAACUUUAGAAUGCAGGUUGUGGUGUAUCAUGAAAUAUUUGCAAUGUAUUUGAUUUUCCCCACAACGUUGUGUUGGUACUGUAAAAUAUUGUUCAAUUUUGAGAUCAACUCAAGAAAAUGAUUUUGAACAGGAUUUUGAACCAAUCUUUCCCUUCAAAAUGAAGCAUUGUCAAAAUGCAAGGCAGCCACUUUCAAAUUUAGCACACCUGAGAUAUGAUGUGAUCCUUGACCAAUCAGAGCUUGAGCAUCUCUACAUUCACCUGAGCAAUUAUACCAAUUAGUAAUAUUUAUUUUUGUCAACAAUAAUUGUGCUAAAUAUUUCUUGGAAAUUAGAAAUCAUUACCACUGUAAAUCUCAAGUAACACUAGAUUUUCAAUGGCACCUCAGGAGCACCACAACAGAGAAGAUCCAAGUCAGUUUGCUUCAAGAGCUUCUAUUGGGAUUUUUGAGCAGGCCACCUUAAGGGCCAUGAAGUCACUGAAAAGGGCACAUGAAACACAUCUUGUCAAUGAUUCAAAAAAUCUUCCUCCAUACUUAAUGGCAAUUUUUCUUAUCCUGUUCCUUGUAUAAAAAUCUCAGUUCACCAGGAAUCAUUAAUUUUUUUCAAAAGUUUGAUUAGUUGACAAACUUAUGUCAUCUCUACAUCACCCUUAGCUCCUUUACUCUCAGCAGUCAUUUGGUGAGAAUUUGAAAACACAAUCACCUGUAUUUAACCCUAAAUUUUCGUGACUGACAAUUAGAAAGUUCAGCUGUAGCAAAAAAUACUAACCAAUGGGUCAAGAGAAU